AUGUAUCACACAGGCCCUGAUGGGAUGGGCGAUAGCCUUCAUGGCCCAUCGACCAGCUCCCGUCACCACUUGAAAGGCUACCAGACCCCGUCCUCUUCAUCGCUAAACCUAACUAGCCAUUUUAUGUUGCGAAACCGGUCUCAUACCCCAGAUCCUCUUCCCUUAGCCACGUCACCCACCUUGUCGACGUUUUCAAGUCCGUCUCACAUGGCGGUUAGCUUUGCAACCUCAUCCCGCCCGUUGAUUACCCCUCCCCCUACGUCUCCGCCUCGCCCUCGUAGGCGUUUGCGCAAGAAGUCGCGUCCACAAGAUUUCGACCCCAAUGCUGCGAAUUCCUAUUCUGGCGAUUCGUCGGGAUUGCGCUCAUACACUCCCUUCAGCUGUGUCGAUGAAGAUCAAGAUCAACCGUUAUUCGAUGAUAUUCCUGAGGAGCGUGUAUCGGGUACCAUCACUCCAUUACCAGUGCGAAUAAAGUCUCCGAGUCCCCGACUGAUGUCCAACGAUUCCCCUGCUGCUUUUCCGGUUCCAACGCCAUCAUCUCCACCGACAAAAGCCCCAUUGCUUUCCCGUAUCAGCUCCGUGAAACGUUGGCGAUCGCACGGAUCUUCUCAGACCAGCAAAGAUUUCGCUGGAGACAUUUCUGUCGAUUCCGGUACCAGCAUCCCUUACCAACCACCUAAAACACCAGAGCCGUCUUUCUCGCGAGCUGUCACCCCAGCGUCGCCUUCAACGAGCCGAAAUUGGCUUUUUAGGACUACUCCUAGCCCCAACUCAAAGCCAAUGCCAGAUCCCGGGCUCCAUCUCAGCAACAGCAACAGUGCGUAUCCCACAUCCCGUUUCAGGAAGCGGAGCUCAACCACUGCCGGUUUCAUUCACCUAUAUGAUCUCGAAACUGGCACAUGCGUCUACAUGAACGGUAUCAGCGGCGAAACUGUCUUCGUUACUGCAGAACAUGAGGCCACUAACGGUAUUAUCGGGGUUAAUAAGCAGGGCCCGGUGUUGAGUGUGAGCGCUGACGAGCAGACCGUCAUCCCUUACAUUCUUACCGUUCUGAACAACACCGAGCUGGCGGUCAAAUUAGCUAGCCGGGCAAAUUUACCUGGUGCUGACGAGCUGUAUGUUCAGCAGUAUCAGCAGCUUUUCGCCUCCGGCCAAUAUAGUGAAGCUGCCAAGAUUGCGGCCAAUUCGCCAAGAGGCAUUCUUCGUACACCGCAAACCAUAGAGCAAUUCAAGCAAGUUCCUGUUCAACCAGGCACUCUUUCGCCCAUAUUUCAGUACUUUGGUAUUUUACUCGAGAAAGGCAAGCUUAACAAGCAUGAGUCACUUGAAUUGGCGCGCCCUGUUCUUGCCCGGGCCCUUGAAUGCACAGAAGAACUUGGCGACAUUGUUCGCUUACACAACAUGACCCUCGCUCUCUCGGUAUAUCUUUGCGCCAACGUCCCCAAUAAGGUUGUCGCAUGCUUCACCGAGACGGGCCAAUUCAACAAGAUUCUAUUGUACACAAAGAAAGUCGGCUACCACCCUGAUUAUGCGGCGCUUCUUCAGCACAUUAUGCGAGCGAACCCUGAGAAGGGUGCCGAGUUUGCAGCCCAGCUUGUAAACGAUGAGAAUGGGCCCCUUGUAGAUAUCGAACGCGUCAUAGACAUCUUCAUGUCACAGAACCUUAUUCAACCCACCAUGUCCUUCCUCCUGAUGCCCUCAAAGAUAAUAAACCUGAGCAGGAUGCAAUUCUCGGAAAUGAGAUGCUCAGCCAUUACGACGACCACAUAUUGCCAACUUGUGCGAGAAGGCCGGCUUAUUGCAGCUCUCGAGCAUUACGAGGAUCGGAUCAAUAUGCGCGAAAACCUUCAGGUGGUGGUCCAGAUCGCAACCAAGUAUUCCGACAUUCUUGGUCCAGUCAAACUCAUCGAGUUAUUCGAGUUGUAUAAGAGCUUCGAGGGGCUAUAUUACUACCUUGGCUCGGUCGUAAAUCUCAGUCAAGACUCCGAGGUUCACUUCAAGUACAUCCAGGCCGCUACUCAGACUGGCCAGAUCCGCGAGGUUGAACGAAUCUGCUGUGAGAGCAAUUACUACAAUCCAGAAAAAGUCAAGAAUUUCCUCAAGGAGGUGAAACUUUCCGAUCAACUCCCGCUUAUCAUCGUCUGCGAUCGCUUCGACUUUGUGCACGAUUUUGUUCUUUAUCUUUAUCAAAAUGGAUUGGUCAAGUUUAUCGAGGUUUAUGUUCAGUGCGUCAAUGCGGCCCGCAUGCCUCAGGUUGUGGGUGGCCUCCUGGACGUUGACUGCGAUGAAGCGACUAUCAAAAGCCUUCUCACCUCCGUUAUCGGGAUUUUCCCCAUUGAUGAGCUCAUCGAGGAGGUUGAGAAACGUAAUUGCCUUUGA